GGUAGGAGUUUAUGCGUCAGCAACAGGUUGUCAAGUUACGAGAACACGUUCUCACGUUUUCUAUUUUCAACGUAAGUUGAAUAUGAAAAAGCGGAAGUUAUGCAAAGACGCGUAAAUUUGUUCGUUAAAGUUUUGAGAUAGAUUCGUUAUGUUGUAUUCAGAACGACAAAUCGACGACGAUCUCGUUAAUGAUGGGUGCGAUUCAAAGCCAUACACAGAAUAUAUUAGUUCUUAGAAAUAGUAAAUAAUCUGAAAAUAUUAUUCACGCGUAAAUUACUCAUCUAAUUCUAGAAAAAGUCUUAUCACGCUGAAACAUGAGAAAAGCUAUUUCUUCCUUGAUAUGUGUUUUUUUUCGAGGAUUCGUACAACGUCAACCACAACCAAUUUAGAAUUUAUUUUGGGAAUAAGAUGAUCGUGCAAACAAUGAUACCGCAUUUAUGGAUCAAGGCUGCUCACAAAUAUAUUCGGGAGAAGACUUUUUGAAUUACAGAUUAAUAGAGAAUAAAUAUUGUCUGAGUAUACAGCAAGUAUAAUAAGAUUGAGAACAAUGGAGAAGGCACAGACAACUACGUACAUAGAAGGUAAUAAUCACCUUCUAGAUUAUUGGGAAGAAUAUCAAAAAAUGAUGGAAGAAACUAAGCUGUUGGAUGAUUACCUCGAAGAAGAAUGCCCACGCAAUUAUGAUGAUGGCGAAGAGGAAGCAGAAUGGUUACGUACAGCUGGUCUAGGCCAAUUGACAGAAGCAUGGAAAGCUGGAAAAGAAGUACAACCGGAUGAAUUGGGUGCAGCAUUACGUCCCUUGUCAAGAGCUCAAGCUGAAGCAGUGAAACGACGCGUUAAAUCGUUGAAUCAUACGGUGAAACAGCGUUUCAAUCAACGUCAACGUGUUCGUAAACCAGAUAUCAGAGAUGUUUUUAAGGAUGUAGAGGCUUCUAGUACUGGAACAAGGUCGCGGAGCGCCACACCUGAUUCCUUAGAUUCCGUAACAGGCGUGACAUCAGAGAACGCUUCGCCCCCGUCACUGGCAACAGUCACCGUUGUCGAUGCGCACCAUACAAACGUUACCGUUCCAAAUUUUGUAUCGGUGUUUCAACAAUCAAACGAAUGUAAGGAAACAGUACGUAGAACACCUAGUGCGCCAUUGACGCGAAUGGAGAUGGUAGCAGGUCCACCGGCAACUCCGUUACCCGUUCAAGAAAUUUUCAGGCGUGCUGGAAAUUGGUUACGAGGAGACGUUGCUAACGAUUCAGAAGGAAUUCAGCUAACAGGUUACCAUAGAUUAGGAACGAUACACGUUUCGAAACCUAGUAUACAGAGACGAAGCGGAAGCGAUCCUAGCGAAGUAGCGAAUGCAAGGAGUUUAGGCGAAGCCAUCGAAAAGUUGAACACUUGCAAAGAUUCAACGUUGAGGAGAAAUUCGGGCGGUCAUGCAACGGUAACCCGAAGUCAUAGCAGCCUGUACGGAUUAACAAGACCAGUGGACGAUCCGUUGAUAACGCAUCCGUUAAAUCGAACAUCUUCUCACGGUCAUUUAAGUUUCGAAGAAAUGUGCAGAUCAAACGAAGUAAGGACAGAAAUACGGAAAUCGGAAAUUGUGCCUGCAGCCGACGAUAUACAAAGUCGACUGGGAGUAGAAACGCUUACACAGCGAGAUUUGACCAGGUUACAACCAUUAUUGUGGCUUGAACUUAGCGCGGUGUUCGACAAGUAUAACGUUCCAUUGAAAAAACGGAAGCCGAAUAAGCGUCGAGUAAAAGCUGGAAACUUGUUCGGGGUCUCGUUAUCGACUCUUUUACUUCGGGACAGUCAAUUGUCAUCGGAAGAAAGCAAUAUCCCACUAGUAUUCCAAAAGCUUCUUAACGAAUUGACGAGGCGAGGCAUAAAAGAAGAGGGCAUUCUUCGCGUGGGAGGACACAAGCAAAAAGUUGAAUCGAUAUGCGUGGAGUUGGAAACGGAUUUCUAUUGCAAGCCGAAAGAAAUGGAUAAAUUGUUUAAACGCAUGUCGUGUCACGAUUUGUCGGCAGUUUUGAAAAAGUUGUUGCGCGACCUGCCGCAGCCGUUACUUACCGUAGAGCUUAUCGAUGCUUUCUAUCAAAGUCACGGAGUGAAGGAUCAUCAGGAGUUGUCGUACGCAUUGAAUUUGCUGGUGCUAUUGCUACCUAUAGAGCAUCGUUGUACUUUGAGAGCGGUGAUUAAGUUUUUAAGGUCGAUCGUGGAAAACGAAGCAUCGAAUAAAAUGUCGAUCCAUAACGUAGCGAUGAUAGUGGCACCGUCUUUGUUUCCACCGCGAUACAUUUAUCCUCGUGAUCGUACCGAUUUGAGUGCUCAGGUUAAUAUGGCUGCCAUAUGCUGUCAAGCGACGGAAGCUCUUCUCGUUAACGCGAAUAAAUUGUGGUACGUACCAAACGAGCUUUUAAAUCAGUUGCACAGACAUUCGGAAGAAGAAAGAUAUCGAAAGUAUAAAAAGAAAUUUUAUUGAGGUCGAUGGUGCUCGUGAUAGAGAGAAGCGUAGAGAUUUACAGGUGCGCAUGCGCAAACGCGUUCUCGUUUCGAUUAGAAGCAUUCCUUCUAUUCCGUUCGCAAGGUUUCGAAAAGAGAGGUAAAAAAGAGAAGGAAAGGUCGUGGAUGGUUUGCCUUAUAAGCAAAGUUGAUGAACGAACGAACGAACGAACGAAC